AAAAAAGAAAAAGGAAAAAAAAAAGAGCAAAGAAAAGAAAUCCUACAGUAACAAUAAUAACAAUAGCGAUGCAGGUUUUAGUGAACGCCUUCUUGCGUUUUCUCUCCUUCCUGCUUCCUCCUUCUUGGCUCCAGCUCGCAUUUCGGUGGUGGGUUGGGGGAGAUGAGUGCGGAGGCUCUCCGUGGCCCAAUCGUGGCGCUCCUUUCGCGCGCAGAAAGCCUCUUAUUGAACACGAGGAAGUGACAGCGCGAGGCGACUCCCAUCCUCGCGGUCGCGUCUCGCUCGCCGCUGCUCCUGCGCCCUCCGCCGCUGCCACCGCUCCUCCUCCUGCUGCUCCGGUGGACGGCCCGGGGUUUCCGUGGCGCCGAAUCCGGGAAGCCGCGGGGCUCGUCUUGGCGGCUCCGGUCGUCAUUUCCGAGCGCCGGUGCCGAGAAGCGCGAAGCUCGCUUUCGCCGUGCGAUCAUCCGGGAGGCGUCACCGAGGACACAGAAGCACCGUGUAGAGCGCGCUGGUCCGCUACGGUCAUGAGCGCGGCUACGGAGCUGCCGAACUCGGUGGAGGUCGUGGGCGCCGCCGCCGCCACCGCGGGCUUCCCGGACCAACGCCUGCGCGAGAUGGGGACUCCGGUUACCAUAACCGUGGCUAUCCAGGCGGCGGAGGACGAGGAGCCCGACGAAGAGGAAACGAUCAACAGUGAAGACGAAAUUGUGAGGCACGAGAAAUCGAGCGGCGCUGGCACGAGUGGUGGAGAGCUGGAGGAGGAGAGCUGGCAGCCCCCAGACCCUGAACUGACCCAGAAGCUCAUAGCUCAGAUCGAGUACUACCUGUCUGAUGAGAACCUGGAGCACGACGCCUUCCUGCUCAAGCACGUCCGGCGCAAUAAGCUCGGCUUUGUCAGCGUCAAGUUGCUUACGUCUUUCAAGAAGGUAAAGCACUUGACAAGGGACUGGAGGACGACAGCAUACGCGCUACGCCAUUCCACCCUGUUGGAGUUGAACGAAGAAGGUCGGAAAGUUCGCCGCAGGACGAGCGUGCCGGUGUUUGCCAGUGAGUCUCUGCCGAGCCGCAUGCUGCUCCUGAGUGAGCUGCAGCGCUGGCCUGAACUAGGUGUGGCUUUGGCAGGUGGGGGUGGGGCUGGGGACGGGAGCCCUGGGGCGAACCCAGCCCAGCAGGAGCGGCUCAUGGAGCUUCUGCUCAAGGCCUUUGGUGCAUAUGGCCCGAUUGCCUCGGUGCGUGUGCUGAAGCCUGGCAAAGACCUGCCACCUGAUCUAAAGAAGCUGAGUGGGCGCUACUCGCAGCUGGGCACUGAGGAGUGUGCUAUUGUUGAGUUUGAGGAGGUGGAGGCGGCUGUGAGGGCCCAUGAGGCCUACACAGGCCAGCAGGGAGACGGGAAGGGCUCGAUGGGGCUUAGGGUGGUGCUGAUUGGCACCAAGCCACCUAAAAAGAAGGUGCCCAAGGAGAGGCAGCGGGAGGAGAACGGAAAUGCGGGAGGAGGAGGAAUGCGCAAGAGCCGCUCGCUGAACAGCCGUGUGCGUGAGCUUCAGUAUCAUGGAGACGACUCUGCCUGCAGCUCCUCUGAAACGGAGAGCAACCCGACCUCGCCUCGCCUCGGCCGCAAGUCACGUUCAUGCAACAAGCUGAGUCCUGGCGGCUUCCACUUAAGCCCGGCCGUGUCUCCCCGCACCAGCCCAUGGAACAGCCCACGAGCCAGCCCUUGUGCUCAACGCAAAGCCCCUCCUACUAUCCGCUCACCCCUGGCCAGUGAGGGCAGGUUGAGCCCUGAGGCUGGGCGACGCUGGGCUGAUUAUUCCUCGGACAGCAGCUUGACUCCUUCAGGAAGCCCAUGGGUGCAGCGCAGGAAGCAGGUGGCCAGUCAGGAGAGCAGCCCAGUGGGGAGCCCGAUGCUGGGCAGAAAGAUCCAGAACGCAGACGGCCUUCCCCCUGGCGUUGUGCGCCUGCCCAGGGGUCCGGAUGGCACGCGUGGGUUUCACGCAGUCUUGGUGGCAGAACGGGGCAAAACUGCAGCCACUCAAACCUGACUUGAACCAGGGGGAGCCUCACGUCUCCUAAAACGGCAGCACUGAACUAUAGCAGUGAGGUUUAUGCAUCGUACACCACACUGUCGACAUGAAGUGUCAUUCUGCAAAAAUGGACCACUGAUCUGUUGCACAUCACUGUCUGUUUAUUUGUCUUUGUAAUACCUUUUUUAUAUGGAUAUUUCUUUUGUUUUUGUUUUAUAUGGACAUUAUAAUCAGACUUGGUUUGGUAUUACAAGAAAGGGAUGAGUGCAAAUGUCAAUCACUCCAUACUGGAUAAAAUAAUGUUUAUUUUUGUGUGUUGAUGUGGACAGUGGUUUAGGCAUGUGGAUUUGAUCACUUAAUGCCUUGUUGCACCCAAAAAAGCAGCAAUGAAACUAAUUUUGUGGCCAUAGUUUCUUUCCUGGAAUUAAGCUUGAAUAGUAAUCACUUAAGAAAAUGGUUGUCCCUUGUUUAUUUUAGGUUUUAAUUUGCUUUUUAAUUCUUUUCUGCCUUUUCUGGACUAUUUUGUUCUUUUAAGGGAUUACUAUUUUAGCAGGGAUGUGGUUCAUAGAAUUUGAAUCCUAUCUGAAGUCCUAUGUUACGUUCCAGUGUAGUCCGUAAGAGACGGGAGGUAGUGAGGCUCCAGCCUGGCUCCAGCGUGUAAAUAUGCUUUGCUUUUGCCUUUACAGUUGAGUGGAGGCAAAGUACUGCACAUUUCAUACUGUACAAAAUAAAUCAUUGCAAUGGCAUUCAUCUGGUGUUCAUUGCCUCUUCUAAACUCCAA